GGUAAAGGGUAACUAAUUAAAGUCUUAACUAAAUUUGGAUGAAAUGUUACGUGAAAGAGAGAGCAUUUUGGGUGGUGACAGCCCACAGGACGACAGGGUGGUGGAGAGAGAAUAGACAGACAGACGGGUCUUUGAUUUUGGGAAAAUCUUGAUACACAAAACACGAACUGGGAACCGACCCAACGUUGACACCAAUAACAACAGCAAACCAAUUCUUCUUCCAAUCUACACCAAAAUCUCUUGCUUUUCGUCUCGAUUAACGGACUUCAAUUUUGUCAUACCGAAUCCCAAUAUACACUACUCGUAAAUAACUGGAACAUCUCACACAAUAACAUCUUAGGAUCUGGAAAACAAAGCAAGAUCUAUUGCUUUUUAAUCUCUAUGGAACAGCUUAUCAACUUCAUCAUUCGCCCACCUAGAGCUGAGUAUGAGCCAAGCAAUGAUUUACUAGAUCAAGAAUUCAUGCUUAAAGGGAAAUGGUUUCAAAGAAAAGAUUUAGAGAUAGUAAAUAGCCGAGGAGACACUCUUCAGUGUAGUCAUUACUUGCCUAUUGUGAGUCCUGAAGGAAAGCCUCUGCCAUGUGUAAUAUACUGCCAUGGAAACAGUGGAUGCAGAGCAGAUGCUAGUGAAGCAGCUAUAAUAUUAUUGCCAUCAAAUAUUACUGUAUUCACUCUUGAUUUUUCUGGAUCUGGACUUUCUGGUGGAGAACAUGUCAGUCUAGGGUGGUAUGAAAAAGAUGAUUUGAAAUCCGUGGUAAAUUACUUGCGGGCUGAUGGAAAUGUUUCAUUAAUUGCCCUUUGGGGUCGAUCCAUGGGAGCUGUAACAAGCCUGAUGUAUGGAGCAGAGGAUCCUUCAAUUGCAGGAAUGGUUCUUGAUAGUCCUUUCUCUGAUUUGGUUGAUUUAAUGAUGGAACUUGUUGAUACCUACAAAAUUCGUCUGCCCAAAUUCACUGUUAAAUUUGCUAUCCAAUACAUGAGAAGAGCUAUUCUUAAAAAGGCAAAGUUUGAUAUUGUGGAGUUAAAUACCAUAAAAGUUGCAAAAUCUUCUUUUGUUCCUGUUCUUUUUGGUCAUGCUGGAGAUGAUGAUUUUAUACAACCACAUCAUUCAGAUCGUAUCUUUGAAGCUUACAUGGGAGACAAGAAUAUUAUAAAAUUUGAGGGUGACCAUAAUUCGCCACGUCCUCAGUUUUAUUUUGAUUCUAUAAAUAUCUUUUUCCACAAUGUCUUGCAACCUCCUGAAGAUGAUGUUAAAGGAAACUUCUUUGAUACACCUCUUGAUUACCUUGGCAAGGAAUUCCAUGGAGUUGGAUAUGAAAACGAUGUUCAUGUUACACCUCAAGCAUCAAGUAGCACAGAGGAUGCCAUUAAUCAACUCCGUUCCAAAAGGCCAAUGAGUAGGACUGAGGUUCCUUCGGAUAUGCCAUUAACAGAUAUUCCAUGUAGUUCUGAGGAAGAAGGAAGUACAACAGAACCUAUUCCAUCAUCUUCUAAAAUGAUUGACUUUGACUUUUCUAAUGGUCAUACACAUACACAUGCACCCUCAAUACUAGAAGAUCAUGAGUAUGUUGAAUACCCACUUCAACACAUAGAAGGUCUCCCAUGCAAUGCCGAGGAAGAAGAAAGGAUGCUGAUGGAAGCUGUACUCCUGUCUUUAAAAGAUUUAGAGGUGAAACAACCAGAAACAGAAUCCACUGAUACAAAUCCAACAACAAAUCAUUCUACACCAAUAAAAGCGGACCCCACAAGUGUUUCAACAGCUAGCAGCAGUGAUUCACAGUCGAGAUUCAUGUCUCCAUGCAACAGCACAUCAUCAUCAAAUAUGACACCAACAGUAACACCAUCAGUGGGCCCCACCUUGGAUGCUGACAUGGCGGAUCGGACGAAAGCCACAGUAACCGUGGAAAGAACCCCAUCUGGUAAUAUAAUGGACGGAUUGUUACGGCGUUGGGAUCUUAAUUUCUUCAAGAAUAGAUGAUGAUGAUGAUGAUGAUGAUUUUUGGAUCUUUUGGUUAUAUAGCAAGUGUUUUGUGUUUGAUGAUUUUAUAAUUUUUUUUUUUUUUUUUUGGGUUUUGGUU